UUCUGUUCAGACCUUCAGGUGAAGGUGGUUCCUUCCACUGAGGGACAGACAGUCUCUCUGAUGUGCAGCAGCAGCUGUCUUCUGACUGAAAACCCUGCAGCCUACAUCUGGUACAAGAACGGAGACUUUCUCUAUGAGGACUGGUCUCCCUGGUACCAAGAGCUGGUCAGCAGUGACUCAGCAGUCUCAUACUCCUGUGCUAUCAGAGGCUACCAGGACCUCAGAGCCCCUCCAGUCUCAGUGGACUCUGUAACACACACCUGCUUCACUGUGACCUAUGCUAAAGGCAGAAUGUGUUCUUCUGAGCAGACGUCAGCAGAUGAGUCCUGCUCCAUCACAUAUCCCACAGAGAUACAUGUUCAAAGGACUCCAGUGCCUCCAAAUGUGGUCACGCUGACCUGUAAAACCAACUGUCCUCAGACUGAUGCUGUGACUUUAAUUCAGUCUUACAACCGAUACACAUAUGAAGGAAAUAAGAUACAGGUGACAGUUUGGACCUCCUCAACAGACAGAUUCUUCUGUACUGUGAAAGACCAUGAGGACCUGAACUCUGCUCAUGUCUGUGUUGAUGAUCAGAGAUGCUGGAGAGUUGUUUAUGCCAGCAGGAGAAUCUGUGCUCUGAAAGGAUCCUCAGUCAACAUCUCAUGUCAAUAUGAUUAUUCUGAAUCCUUCGAGCCAAAGUCCAAUAAUUGGUAUCAAACAAAGAGAGAAAUGAAGGUGCUGACAGAGGAUGGAGGUAAAGUACAGUUUGAUGGCAGCAAGAAGAACCAACACAUCCUCACACUGAGAAAUGUUCAGAAGAAUGACUCAGCAGAAUACAGGUUCAAUGUCAGAGAGUUUGAUGGAUUUAUAAACCUAUUUGGCUCUCCUGGAGUUACUUUGAUCGUGACAGAUCUGGAAGUGAAGGUGACUCCUUCUCCAGAGGUCACAGAAGGUCAGAGAGUCACUCUGACCUGCAGCACCAGCUGUCCUCUGACUCACAACUCAAACUACAUGUGGUUCUUCAAAGGUGAACCUCUGAACUCAAACAACAAACACCUGAUUCUAGAAGCAUUCAGCCAUCAGCAUGCAGGAAGCUACUCCUGUGCUGUCAGAACCGGCUCAAACAUCACAGACAGAUCAGCUGUGAAGACUCUUAAAGUCCAAAGUGUGACAAUAAUGUGGGAAGUGGUCAUCGCAGGAGUCUCUGCUGUUCUGCUGCUCUUCAUCCUCCUCUCUGUGAUCGUGUGUGUGAGGAAAAAGAAGACUUCCAGUCAAUCUUCAGGGAUUGAAAUGUCAAAAAACACACAGCAGCUGAGUCCUGACGUCAUGUAUGAGAACGACACAGCUGGGUCAGCAGAGCAGGACGAUCAUCUCUACAGCAGACUCCACUUCUCUCAGUCGCACUCACACGACGUCUACCACACCAUCCCGACACGGCCUGCCCGCUAA